AUGCACACGCUGUUCGGCGACCAGAACGCUUACUACAGGACAGGUAUGUACCCGGCCACGUCCAACCCGACGGGCGUACCUUACCCCGGAGCUUACGAACAGUACGCCAGGUACGGAUACAACGCGGCUGCCGGUUACCAUCAGACGUCGCAUCACGCUUCCGCCGCUGCAGCGGCCGCGGCUGCCGCCAAGGAUAUGGUCAAACCGCCGUAUUCGUACAUCGCCCUGAUCGCCAUGGCCAUACAGAACGCGUCGGACAAACGGUGCACGCUGAACGGUAUAUAUCAAUUCAUAAUGGAGCGGUUCCCGUACUACAGGGAGAACAAACAAGGUUGGCAGAAUUCGAUCAGGCACAACCUCAGCUUGAACGAAUGUUUCGUCAAGCAGCCCAGAGACGACAAGAAACCGGGUAAGGGCAGCUAUUGGACGCUGGACCCGGACUCGUACAACAUGUUCGACAACGGGUCGUACCUGCGGCGUAGGAGGAGGUUCAAGAAGAAGGACGCGCUCAAGGAAAAAGAGGAGGCCGUCAAGCGUCAACAGGAGCUGAUGCUAAAAAAAGUCACCGAGGAACAAUGUAAGUUGCUGUUGCACAACAAAGAGUUGGCCGAGUGUAAGCCGAAAAAGGAACCCGGAGUGGCGCAAUCGACAGACACGCCGGCACCGCCGCCUCCGCCGGCGUACCAUCACCACCAUCAUCUGCAAUACGACCAGGACGAUUCGCCUACCGAAAAUCAUCAUCACCACCAUCAUCACCGGUACAUGGCGGCCGAACACCACCACGACGGUUUCGCCACGCAUCACCACCAGUACGUUGCGGCUGCGGCCGCUGCGGCCACCGGCCAUCACCGGCCACCCGGUUGGUACAGCGCCGAUCCGUCAGACUUCUUCGACGCCGUCGUGCCCAAUCCCGUUACUGCAGCCACUGCCGCCACUUGCGGAUUCCGAAAUCCUCCUCAUGCCGCCGCCACUGCCCCAACACACACGCAAUUGCAAAGCUACUACCAACAACAUCAACAACAACAGCAGCAGCAACAACAACAGCAACAGCAGCAACAACAACCGCAUGACACCAAUCCCGUCACAGUAAAGUUCUCGUCACAGCUUUAACGACGACGUGCAAGAGAUGCGACUGCUGUCAGACGAACAAAUUGUACUCGUCCGCGUGAGAAGUCCAAAGCGAACUAGGGGCGGUGAAGGGGAAGCCGGAGACGGGCCGAAAAGACUAUUGAGAAAAAAAAAUUCACCACAAGACACGUACCAUAUGGAUCGUGUCCCUGCUCGACUGCCUGCGCCGCUGUCACUCGAAAAACGUUCGCCGAGGCUUAUCAGGUGACGGCAGUGUCCGUUUGUUAAUAAUAAUAAUAAUAAUCAAGCGUUCUCAUGCGAUAUUGUUGUGUAAUAAACAUUUUUAAUUUUUUGAAAUCCGUGCAUGUAAUAUACAUCAUAUUAUUUUGUAUAUAGGUAAACCGCAACGGUUGGGUUCAUUAAAUAGUGAUUAUACAUAUGUCUAACAACACAGCACAACACGAUUUUAGUCCGAAAUUACAUCUGGUUUUUCCGCUGAAUCCUAUUAUUUCUCCUCGGAUUUCCUCAUCCACAAAGUUUUUGUAGCUGACAUUUUUUACAAACAAAAAAAACUAAUUAUACUCCAUUAAUUCCGAGAUAGGUACUGAAUUCAGCGAAUAAACUAUGACAUAAAAAAUAUAUGUCAAUACAAAUAUAAGUGUUUGAACAUUGUUAAAUUUGUACAGUGUAACAAAGCUUAUUUACAAUUUUUUUUCAACUAAAACCAAAUUACUGUUAGACCAGUUUUGAAUUCAACAGAUAACAGAAAUCGUUUAAAAGAAAACAAUUAUUAUAACCAUUUCAUACACAACACGUUGAAAAAAUCUAUUUACAUAAAAAAACUAGACUUGCUGUGAUUAAAUUUGGAUUCCAUAAGAAACAUUAUUUAUUUCAAUUUGUCCAAAAAAAAAAAUAUAAUUAAUUAAAAUUUUGGUGUAGAACAUGUCUAAGGUCUCUCUUCGUCCGCCUCCUAUUCUGAACAUAAUAUUGUUGUAUAUAAAUGCGUUGUAUAAACUAUUGCUUCUAUCGUUUUUAUGUACAUACUAUAGUCUAUACUCACGGAUUAAGCGCAAACAAUGUAUAUACAAAUAGUAGUUAUAGAGUGUGUCGAUAAUAAGGAAAAUUAUAUUAAUUGAAAUAACUAAUUAUUGUGUAUAAUUUAUUGUUUACUAUCGUUUGGACUCCUAUUAGAAAUAUCGUAAUAAUAUUAUGUAAUAUAGGCAGUAAUACGACUGACUAGUUGGGCUGUAUAUUUUAGUAUAAUAUGUUUAAUUACUAUUAUUAUGAUUAUUAUUAAUUUAAUUAAUAUUGUAAGUGACUGAAUACAGUAUUGUUUUG